GUGGAUUUUAAAUGGAAUGGCCCUAAAGGCAGCCAUGUUUGCCUUUGUUUGUUGAGAUUGAGCGCCCUGGUGACCCGUAAUUAUGUUUGGGCGUCGCAUUUCUUCUAAAUUAUUCAGUAUUUAUAGAUAUUCAACGUUAUCCAAUCGUUUAUAUUUCCGUCAAAAACCCGGCAUCAUAAUGUUUAAAAAAAUUAAAAAGUUGAAUAUUACAUCCGCCAUCGGAAUGGGCAUUACUUCGUCUGCUUUGAAAGUCGAAGAGAAAACUCCGCUCUUUUACAAUGGAGCUAAAAUUUGUGAGAAAAACGAUAAGGCACAGGAGACGUUUAGGCUUUAUUACAUAUCUCAAAGCGAUGUAUAUGAGGCUGUAUUGUAUAAUCCAGACGAAAGGACAGUGUGUUUGAGUGUCUUUAGAAUUGAAGAUGAAAGAAAAGCAAAAGAUAUGUUUCGGUGAGUUCGAAAUGAUUUUAAUGCGUUAGUUAAUGAAACAGUUUGUGUUUGUGUUUGUGAAUUAUUAAAUAGAUAUACAGCUUUGUUGUGCAUACAGUGUGUAUUAAAAUUUAUAUAUACUUGAGUUACUUCGCAGGAAGGGCCAUUAUCGUCUUCGAUGAUUGUUUAAUAAAUUAAACUGUGCAGUUAAUAUAAUAAUUACUGUAAUAUGAAAUGUCCGCGAAUAAUUAGAAUUUAUUAACGAAUUAAUUUUAGAUCUGAACAUGAUUUUAUAAUAGACUCACUCUCUGGCAUUUGCUGCUGCAUUCUUGAAAUGUCAUAUAAUUUUAUAUUGUACACUGUACAGUCAGUCUCAAAUAUGGACCACUGAUUAUGGACACUGAACAGAAAAGUGUAUUAAUUUAAAUAAUAUGUGACUUCAUGCAUUUCAUUAAAAUGAAAAAAGUUUCAGGGGAAAAGCAGGGUUGACAAAUUAAAUUGACUUGGUAUUUGAGGGUUGUAUCUAGAUACAACCUUCCUAGCAGGGUUGUAUACAUGCACAUACAUAUACCUUCUAGCAGGGUUGUAUUGAGACAACGCUUUAUUGCUUACCACAAAGUUUCUUCAUUACAAUUAGUACAUUAACUACAAAACAUUGCAUUAAUAUGUUUAUCACUGUUUCAAUUUUACAGAAAAAACAUUCUUACAAAGUGUAGACCCUAAGCAACCAAAAAAUGUCAAAUUGUCACUUUCAUCCAUCAUUGAAAUUUUCAAAAAGGGGAGGUGCAAAACGAUCUCAGGGGAGGUGUAAAAAUUCUCAGGGGAGGUGUGCACCACCGGCUCCACACACUUUCCCUCAAAAUCCGGCCAUGCUUCACACUGCAGCCUUCUGCCAUCAUCUCUACCUAAACUGCCACCAACUGUUUGAAAACCUUAUGGCCUUUUAUAAUAUGUUCAGGCAACUGUGUGAGCGUCUUACACCAUUCUACCAGUCAUCAUCAAGAUGCUACAAGACACCAAUAUUACAGUCCUUGCUGAACUGUUUGGAAGAACAUCCAGACAUGGAACUGGCUGUAGUUGCUAGAACUACUGGUCUAACUGAAUGUCUAAAACACGAGAAGAUUGCGGCAAGUGCCAAAGCUGUCGACGCCACAGAUGCCGGGAAUACAGAAACCUCUCUUCUACAGGCAACAAAGGUAUAUCACCUCUAUGACCAGAUGUGGAUAAAAUUUUACAGAUUUUAGUAUUGACUGUAUUGUAUGCUUCAUCAUACAAUUUACCUUUUAGUUUGGGUUUAAAGGAAAAAUGGAGAAUUUUGUUUCGAAAGCUGGUGCAACGUCGCUUACGAAGGGUGAUGAGAAAGGCAACACUGCUGUACAUUAUGCUGUGGGACAGCCUGAAUUAUUGGACAAGAUAUUGCUUAGGGCAACUGAACUUGGUA